AUGAAAAGGGCGAGCCAAAGCACAAUUGGGGCUUUUUUCAAAAAGCCUGCGGUGGUUUCCGAAGUUAAGUUGUCCACAGUCGCCAAGCCGGGCGCUGUGUUCUCGAAAGAAGAGUGGGUAAAGUCACUGACCGAAGAACAGCGCGAGCUGCUCAAGCUAGAAAUCGACACUUUAGACGACUCUUGGCUGCCUGCAUUGCACAAGGAGCUCACGAAGCCGUACUUUUUGAAUCUCAAGCGGUUCUUGGCCAAGGAGUUUGCCUCAAAAACAGUCUUUCCCCCGCAGAACGACAUCUACUCCUGGUCCCGGCUCACGAAGCUGAAGGAUGUGCGUGUAGUGAUUCUGGGACAAGAUCCUUAUCACAACUUCAACCAGGCCCACGGAUUGGCGUUUUCUGUCAAGCCGCCGACGCCUCCCCCGCCUUCAUUGAUGAAUAUGUUCAAGGAGCUGGCCAACUGCUACCCCGAUUUCGAACGCCCAGCCAAUAAUUCUGGCCUUUUGACUCCCUGGAGCGAGCAGGGAGUGUUGAUGUUGAAUGCCUGCCUCACUGUGGAAGCCCAUAAGGCAAACUCGCAUGCAAACCGGGGCUGGGAAGAGUUCACUGAGCAGGUCCUGCGGGCAGUUGUGAAAAACAGUCCCAAAGGCGUCGUAUUUAUGGCAUGGGGGUCCCCCGCAGGCAAAAGAGUCGACAAGAUUCGUCCAGGACCCGAGCAUCAUGUAUUGAGGUGCGUACAUCCAAGUCCGUUGUCUGCGUCUCGCGGAUGGUUCGGAUCAGCACACUUUAAAAAGGCCAAUGUAUGGCUGAAAGAACGGUACGGAGCCGAGAUCAAGUGGAGUUUUGCCAAAGACGCAGCAGCCAAGGACGCAGCAGCCAGCGCCGCAACGGCCAGCGCCGCAACAGCCAAGGACCUCGCGAAAUAG